AUGUCUUCAAGACGUUGGAGGUCUGGGGCGGAGAAGGAGGAGAAGGAGGAGGAGGAAGAAAGAAUGCACGGGUAUUCCCACACAGUUCGAUCGGCUGCGCACAGUCGUGUCCGGGCGAGCUGUGCUCGGGCGACCUAUGUUACAAAAGCGCCCGCUGUGGGCGACCUGCCGUCGGCGCCUGCGAAAUGGAGCCGACGCGCGCGCGCUUCGCGUGGCCCGCGUGCCGCAAAGGGCGCACUUGCACCGACCAGGCUCCCGCAGCUCGUCACAUGCGACCCCCCCAGAAAG